ACGAAAGCUAGUCCGUGACGAUCGUAAGAAAAAGAGCGAAGAAGACGUCGUAUCCGUUAACCAGUUAGCUACUGCUGGGAAGUAGCGGCAGAUUUUUCAGGUUCUAUCACAAUGAGUUUUGCAGAGAAGCCAGAAGAUAUAACAAGGGAGGAGUGGAUGGACAAACUCAAUAAUGUCCACAUUCAGAGAGCUGAUAUGAACAGGCUCAUUAUGAACUACUUGGUGACAGAGGGCUUUAAAGAAGCAGCAGAGAAGUUCCGAAUAGAGUCUGGCAUAGAGCCGAGUGUGGAUUUGGAUUCUUUAGAUGAACGGAUUAAGAUUAGAGAGAUGAUCUUGAAAGGCCAGAUCCAGGAUGCUAUUGCCCUCAUCAACAACCUGCAUCCAGAACUUCUUGAUACCAACCGUUACUUAUACUUCCACCUACAGCAGCAGCAUCUGAUUGAGUUGAUCCGUUUAAGAGAGACUGAAGCUGCCCUUGAGUUUGCUCAGUCUCAGUUAGCAGAGCAAGGCGAGGAGAGUCGAGAAUGUCUGACGGAGAUGGAGAGGACUUUGGCCUUGCUGGCAUUUGACAACCCUGAGGAAUCACCAUUUGGAGAUCUACUCAAUAUGAUGCAGAGACAAAAGGUAUGGAGUGAAGUGAAUCAAUCUGUGCUGGAUUAUGAGAACAGAGAGUCAACACCCAAACUGGCCAAGCUUCUGAAGCUGCUGCUGUGGGCUCAGAAUGAGCUUGACCAAAAGAAAGUCAAGUAUCCCAAAAUGACAGAUCUCAGCAAGGGAACCAUUGAAGACCCAAAAUAAGCACCUGAAGCGGAAAACAUACCAGAGAAUUACAAACUGAACAUACUUCAGAUUUAUUUAUACCCCCCAACAGACUGACUCGUAACAGUCCAACCUUUUCUUUUUUUUAGGAUUGCCUUUUGAUACUUUAAUAACAUAGAAUGUACAAACUUGAGUGAUGCUGUUUUUUUUUUGACUAUCCACACUAAACAACACACAAACUGUUAUUUUACUUGGUAUUUAAAUGUACCUGUUUAUGUCAAAUUAAUGUAAUAUUUGCCAUUACAUAUUUUUUUCUGUCUUUUGGCAGGGAAAGUUGGGAUUGAAAGGGCGUGAAUAAAGCCUAAAUUAGGCUGUCACUUUGUGUGUGUGACGAUUUAGAAGAGGCUUAGUUUGGAUGCUCAGGGAAAAUGGCUCGCUCAGCACGCACAGCCUCAAAUAAACUGCUUUUCUUUCAUGAAAAUCAUUCGCAAGAGCCAAAGCAAGAUGUCGGAUGUUCGGAACUUUUCAGACUACUGUGACUUUGAAUAUUAAACACACUUGACACACACAUACACGCAAAUUACACAUUUUCAAGCUGUGAAGAGUGAGAGCAGUUUAUAGGGCUGAGAGUCCUGUAACCCUGCCAGAGAGCUGUGACCUGUGUAACGCCAGUGUAACACUGUUUCUGGCAUUUGAUAGUGAGAAAGUAAACAGGAGAGUUGUGCCGAUUGGAGUCACGUGGGUUAAAUACGUUUGAUGUGCUUUGUUUGCUGGUAUUAUUUUUCAAUAAAAGUGAAUUUUCAAGCUAU